GUCAACCAGAGUGCUUUUACUCCAUAAGCACCCCCUCCUAUGCACCCUUAAAGAAGUUGCUUACUUUCUCUCAAAUCACACUCAUGGGCUGAGUUGUACUAAACUAUAUCGAGUUUAUGGGAUAAGGUUUGCAGGGAUCACUGAAGCACUGAGAGGGUUAAAUUUUUGGUUCAGACCAAUCUUUCUUCCCCCACCUCUCCCAAUCAAAACCCAACCUUUUCAGACACCCCCCAAUAACUAUUUAUACUUUUCAUUAAAAAUUGAAUCUUUACAUGCAUAUAAAUAAACCCAGUAGUCUCGAUCUCAGCAGCAGAAAAAUCUGACACUUUGCCAGAGAUGAUAAAAAUGCUCUGAUCAGAUCAAGACCUGCUUUCUGGGUUUUGCCCAAUGCCAUACUCCAACCCUCAAAUCACUUAAAAUAAUAUGUAUGAUUAUAAAUAUAUUAUUUUUCUUUCAUCUUUCUAGCUCUGUUUUCUCUGUGUCUCCUCCUAUCUGUGGGCUUUACUUUUGGUGCUUUGUGAUUAGAAACCAACCUCACACUGACCCAUUUUCAGGUAAGUUUUGAAAUUAGUGUGGACUAUAACUGAGAUUCUCAUCAAAACCCAUCAUUUUUUCUUGAUUUUCCACACCAGUGACCAGUCUCUUCCCUUCCCACAAUCACAAACGUUAAAGAAAAAAAAAAAAAAAAAAAAACUCACUUCCUUGUCGUUUUCUGAUCCCCUGUGGUUUUCGGCAGCAGUGUACCGGGACCUUGAAAUCUGUGAUCUUGUUUGGAGGUAUUAAUAAUAGGGGCCAAGCAGGAGAAAGGCUUUCCACAGCUUCUGCUUUGUCCUGGUUGGUUUUCAAAAACCCCUGCUUCUUUUGUGAACCAGGGUUUUGUUGAAUAUUGAUGCAAAAGCAAGGUAGAUUCUUGAUAAUAUUCUCAUCCACCUUUCUGGUUUUGAUUCCCAAGAAGAAAAGAGAAAUCAAUGUUUAUCUCUUCACCCACUACUAAACCAAUGAAUUUAUUUUCCUUAUAUUUAUAUUCAGAACCCUGGUUCUGUUUUUGCUAGCUCUCUGUUUCGCUUUUGCUCAACGCCUCAAAGCACUUAUUGUUUUUGAACCUCUUCAUGUUUAUCCUUCAUCUCUUGUGAAGGAAAUUUAAAAGGAGCAAAGCAACUGAAGAGCAAUGGCAGAUUGGAAUGGUAUGGUGAGCAAAAGCAAUGGUUUUAGUGUUGGGGGUUCAAGUGAAGAGUUUGAAGAAGAAGAAGUGUGGGGUGUUGUGAAGGAAAGAAACUACUCCAACUCUACGCAGGAGUCUUACUCCUCUGGUUCUUCUUCUGCAUGGCGCCUCUCUACAGCUCCAAGAACCAUCCCAAGAGCUAAUAACAACACUCCAAGUACCCAUGAAGCCAAAAUGGUUCAGAAAUCAGCUCCUCUCAACAUCCCUGAUUGGUCAAAGAUCUAUGGGAAAAGUUCUGGUGCUGCCAAGAUUAAUGGUUCAUGGGUCAAUAAUGAAGAUGAUCAUGAUGGACAUGUCAAUUUCAAUGGUGAUGAUGAUGAAAAUGAUGAUGAUGAUGAUGAUAUGGUGCCUCCGCAUGAAUGGAUGGCCAGAAAGCUAGCAAGAAGCCAGAUUUCAUCUUUCUCAGUUUGUGAAGGGAUUGGUAGGACACUCAAAGGAAGAGACCUCAGCAAAGUAAGGAAUGCUAUUUUGACAAAAACUGGUUUCUUAGAGUAAUGUCAUGCAAUUCCUUCACCUAAAUCAUUGUUAGGCUCAUGGUUAUUAUUGGGUUCCAUGUAACCUUUCUUUGUUUUGUUUUGGGUUUUGCUUAAUUAGCAAAUAUAGUAUGUAGGGGUGACUGGAUAGAGAGAAUCCCCAAAAGAAGUCAGAGGUGCCUUUCUGUGGUGUGCUUUUCUAGAAGAAAGGUCUAAAAACAAUUGGCAGCCUCUGAGAUUUUGUAAGCUAGUCAAGUAACAUCUGUAUUGUGUUUAAUUUAGGUGGGUAUAAUAUGAAAUUAUGAAGAUGA